AUGUGGCACCACGGUCACGACGUCAGUAAGAAGCAACGGGCCACGAACAUCACGCAGAGCUCAGCACCAGAUUUAGGGCCCGUUCUCGUCCUGCUGGCCGAGCUGGCCGAUCUCGCGCGGAUUUGGCUCUCCUGCGGCCACGACGGCGCCGACGACGUCCACGACGGCGAGAGCGACCUCCAGGGCACUGCCUACGGUUGCACCUGCAGCUGCGGCUUCUACGGCUUCGCCACCUCCGCCUACGACGGCUUGGAGGAGCGGCUGGAGCAGCGACAGGCGCAACAGGACACACCUGGGGAGUUCGACACGGAGGCAACGUGA